UCAAACUCGCAUUAAGAUCUGUAACUAUGAGGUUAAGUAGCAGGCUAACAAUCAGCUUUUUAGCUAGCUAAUUAGUCUUUGCCACAGACGCCUUACGGGAGUUCUUGGUCUUUGAAUUCCGCGAACUAGAUGGAUAUUUGAGAUGGUUUGCGCGUGUUCAUUCCUGGGCUUUCUUCCCGCGUGCAGUCACCGCGAUGCGCCGCGGCGAGGCUCUGCCGCGAGCCUUCCAGGCUCCCGUGGAUGUUCACGCGAGCGCGGACGGCCAGGUGUACCUGUUCAGGGGCGGGCACGACGACUCGACCGGGUCUUCGGAAGAAGAGUUAAGUAUGAUCGAGCUGAGGCCCUGCAGUCGGGAAUCGGGCCGGCCGGAGCGCGAGAGAGUGGGAGACCUGUUGCUGUUGGAGCGGGAUGUAGCCCACGGAGACAACCUGAACAAACUGGCUUUGCAGUAUGGCUGUAAGGUCGCCGAUAUCAAGCGAGUCAACAACUUGAUGCAGGAGCAGGACCUAUAUGCACUGAAGUCCAUCAAAAUCCCUGUGAAGAAGCACAGCCUUCUGACUGAGGCGGGGGUGGAGCCAACAGAGCCCCAGCCGGGCCCCUCCUCUGGGGCCUCCCCUCUACCCACAGGCCCCGCCCAGCCCCAGGACCCCGCCUCCACCAGCUCCAUCAAACCCCGCCUUCAGGAGUACACCGACUUCCUUAAAGAGGUGGACCAGGACAUUGAGAUGCUGAUCCAGACCACCGACGCCCAGGACGAGGUGUUUCCUGAGGGCCAGGAGGGUCCCCAGAGGGGCCUGGGCAGCGGGCGGGCGGGCAGCUACGGGGCGGACUGGGGCAUCCAGUGGUGGAAUGCUGUGGUGGUCAUGCUGUUGGUGGGCAUCAUCCUGCCCAUAUUUUACAUUGUCUACUACAAGACGCAGGACAGCGGGGCGGCUGUGCCCAGCGAGCCCAUGGUGAACGCAUCAUCUACCUCAGACAGCACAGGGUCCAACCUCAGCACUGUGACACACAGGGAGGGCGUGUCCCAGGUGUUCCUGUAGCUGGGCCGGGAGGGUGGAGAGCCGUGACGGAGAGCUGGAGUUCCUGUAGCUG